AUGUUAGUUGCUUAUGUCGAAAGUGGUGUCUCAUCUACAGUAAGAAGAAAACCAGAGAAGUUUGAAUUUGCUCUUCCACCUGAAGGGUUAACUAUGGACUUAGUGAUAAAGAAUCGUGAAACACAUGUGCCAGUUGCAAAAGUUAAGUUUGACAUCAACGAACAGAAUAAGAAAGUAGUGCUGUCCUUAGCUCCAGAGCCUGCUCCUCCUACUGUGUUACCUUCAGUGGAUGAUCGUAAUGGUAUCGCUGUGGGUACAUGCCCAAGAGGAUACACCAGAGCUGGUGCAUUUUGUUUCAAGGAUGACUACGAUUAUAAUUAA